AUGGAGCGUAUUCGAUCGCCGUCUGUGACGAACGUCUUGUUAUCCCCCAGUGGGUUGGAUUCGGGAGGCGUGGUCUCGGAACUGGGCGUCUUCGGAACUUGUCUUUGGCGGAAAGGAACGGACGACCGGCCUUACGACAUGCUGCAGAAUUUUGUCGGUGGAUGGUCAUUUAAGACGAAGCAUGAGGAUGUGGAUGAGAUGAGUGUAGUGAAGGGCUAUGGGUGUUUCGAUACCCCGUUGCUAUUUUGA